AUCGUGCCUUGUUCUCAAUGUGUUACGGAUCAGGCCUUAGAACCUACAUUUUCCUUUUACAUUUGUGUCCCUGUCGAAGUGCAGGUAGAUCCUGGAAACAUUUCUGCGUCUCAUCAUGGCUGGCGAAGUAGGGAAGUUAUCAAAGAACCUGUUGCGUAUGAAGUUUAUGCAAAGAAGUCUUGAUGCAGAAACUAAAAAACAACUUGAAGAGGAUGAGAAAAAAAUAAUCAGUGAUGAACAUUGGUACCUGGAUUUACCAGAACUCAAAGAGAAAGAGAGUUUCAUCAUUGAAGAAAGAAGUUUCCUGCCAUGUGAAGAUUUCUUGUAUGGCAGAAUGUCUUUUAAAGGUUUUAAUCCUGAGGUUGAGAAACUUAUGGUCCAAAUGAAUUCAAAAUCAACAAAAGAAGAAAUUGUAGAAGAAGAUAAAACCGAAAUGGACAUAUCAGAUGAAGAAAUGGCCCGCAGAUAUGAAUCAUUGGUGGGCACCAUCAAAAAUAAAUUUGCGAAGAAAAGAGACCAAAAAGUAUUAAAAAGCGAUAGUGAUGAUGAUGAGAACUGUAAUGUUGUGAGCAGCAAAAAAAAGAGAGCUUUUCUUAAACCAAAGGAUUAACUAUAUAAACUGUAGUUUUAUUGUCCCUGCAAGUUUAGCUGAAUACUGGAGAUUAAUUUUUUCCUUUUUUUUUUUUUUUUUAAUAUAAGUUGAAAGGUUGUAUAUUCCUUUUUUUUUUUUUUUUUUUAACCAUAUAAUUUUAUUGUAAAUGCGUCAUACAUACAAAAUGAAUGUUUCAUGUUUUGCUUUAAUGCAAGGUAUUUUUAAUUGCCUUAUAUUUGGUUCCUUACAUACCUAAUGUUUCAGAAACGUGACACGUACAUAUUGUUUUUUAAUUGUAUUUUUAUUUUACGGUCAGUGAAAAAUGCUUGUUACUGCUGCUUUAGCAUAUGAAGGAACCCUAUGUCUACAGUAAGCCAUGCACAGUUAAAUUUGCCCCUCAACACUAGUAAUCAAAGUGUUUUUCACAUUUGGAUUCUCCACCAGUCCUCAAAAGAAUUGCUUUCAGAAGCCCUACAGCAGUGUCAGUGUAUGUGCUUGAAGUUGUGCUAUAAAGCAUAGUAUAAUAAAGUUUUAUAAAAAAAAAAAAGUUCCAAAUACAAUUAAUAGAAUUUGAAAUUCAGGUUUAUUUUAGUAGGUAAUACACUUCUUAGAAGUUUCUUGUUUACAAUUUUGAAGAUGAAACUUGUUGAUACUUGGAUAUUCUAAACCUUAUGAACUUUAUUUAUUUUUAGCAGAUUUAAAUUGUGUGUAUACUACAAUAAACUUUAUUGGCCUCGUAGUACAUUUAAAACCAUCUAGUUUAAGUUUCUUAGGAUUAUGGAUCUAGAUCCUAUUUGUAAAUUGACUUCCCUUAGAAGUUGACUGCACAUAUUUAAUUUUUGCCCUAUGGGCUUAAUGCUGUUUAAACUAAAAAACUAUGUGUUAAAUUGUGAUUAGUUUUAUUUUAUAUCCUUUUCUAAUUAUGGGCCAGAUUACGAGUGGAGCUCUAUAUUUAGCGAUUUUGCUAAAGCGCUAAUUGCACUAGAAGUAAACUUCUCACCCACGUUGGGUUGCGUUCUUGCGUUAACCCCACAAGCGCAAAAAGGCAAACUUAGAAUAUCAUACGCACAAUAAGCUAUUUCCCCGUAGAAGUCAAUGGAGCAAAAAAAAGUGGGGGGAAAACCUUACACCCUACUCGAGUGCAAACCCGAUCCCAUAUUCACAUGUAGGUAUAUAUAUAGGAUUAUCUAUUUAUAAAUACUUAGAACAUAUUCUGCAAUGUGCAGAACAUUGGAAUGUAAAAUAUUUACAGCAAAUACACACUCAAACAUUUUAUUAAAUAUGGAUAUUAUAUAAAUAUGCUUUAACAUGUUUUCAUCUACUUAACUGCAAAGGGCUCCAAUUCACUUAUAUAUGUGUAUAUGUCUGUAAAUACAUAUAUACACAUAUAAAUACAUAGUGUUAUGAGUGUAAUUGUACUUUAUGUAUUUUUUUCUAAUGACACAGUUAGUCCACGGAUCAUCAGUAAUUACUAUUGGGAAUAUCACUCCUGGCCAGCAGGA